AUGAGUAUAGAAGGUUCAAAGGAAUUUGCGAGUGAUUAUGGUCUGGGCGGCGAACACGACAUGUUGAAUUCCGAACAGUGUUACGGAUUAAAUAAAGAAGUUCCUUCAGCGGAAUUGUUGAACAUUCAAGCGAAGAAAGCCAGCAGAAGAGGUAAGAUGUCGCAUGUUACCAAACUAGUACUGUUGAACAAUAUAUACAAGUUAAUCGAAACCUCAGGCAGUAUCAGAGAACUUGAUAGAGUUAUUAACUCACUUAAUGAAGCGUUCAGUGGCUUUGUAAAGCGCCAUGACGAGUAUAUUGCUGUUUUGACUAGCGAAGUAGAUGAGAUAGAGAUUGAUUUGGCGACAGAUAAACUAGUUGAGAUUGAAGAGAAAAUCGCGAAUUGUAAAUUGAAGGCAGAACAGUACAUUUCAGCCAUGCGCGUACCGGAAGGAAAAAAUUAGGGGGGCGGAAAGAAAAUUGCCCGACUUUUCGUAAAAUUGCAACAACUAUAACAACCCAAAAUUGCCCGACUGUUAAUCGAAUAUUGCCCGACUGUCCAAAAAACUGGGGGGGCUACCGCCCCCCCCGCCCCCCCGCCCGGUACGCUUAUGCAUUUCAGCACAACAGAAAGAAUCAGAGUCUCAACGUCGGGGUUCACAAGAAGAGAAAUGUUUGCUCUCUAUCUCUGCUCGUUCUCGUGUAUCGUCGAGAAAGAAAUCUACCUAUACGCAUCUGAGUAAAGAACAAGAACAUCGAUCAAGAAAGAGGUUAGACGAAGUUAAAGAGCGCCACCACUAUGAAGAAAAACUACAAGACUUAAAGUUUAAAACAUUGAAGCGUGAAAUGCAAAUUCGUCGGGAAUUGGAAAUUCGUCAAGCAGAAC